AUGUCGCGCUCGUUCAUUGUGCUCUUGCUGAAUCUGAGUCUUGUAUCGGCUCGGAUUAAGCAGCCCGUUUGCCCUCAGGAUGAACUGUACACAGCUCUCUCUCGUAGCGGCACAAAGUUCUGCUCUACGAUACUGCACGAGAAAUGUACGGAUGCACCGAUUCCCACAGAAUAUACCAGGUUUCCUCGAGAGACUCUAUCAUCCUAUUGUCGGUGCGUCUUCCCUGGCUGCCAUGAUUACAACAGCACUGUCACUGCAACUGUUACAAAGACAGCUGCGUCGUCAUCUGUUCACUGGGUCAAUUCCACAACUGCCGUCAAUACUACGUUCUCAAAGCCAAUCAUUUCCAUGAACAUCACGACUGCGGCGCCUACGUCGACAGCGAGGGUCACUAACCGAGUCAACUCGACAUCUAUCACAGUGUCUAAUACGAGUAGUGUUAUUACAAGCACUUCCCUAACCAUCCCUGGAAUGACGCUGAGCCCAGUAUCGGCUCACAACUUCACUAGCGUUGUCCAAGCUGUCGCAGCCACAAUGACGUCCUGCUACCAUCUUCCAGAAGCCAGUGAUGGGCUGAAUCAUGGGGUUAUGCUGCACAACGCUGAGCUCCGCGAUCAGAAUGUCAGUAUCACGACCCCGUAUAUUGAGGCAUUCUACUCAGACGUCGACGGAAUCCGACCUCUACUCAUGGCGGUACAAAGCACGGGCAAUAACCGCUACUUUGUAGACGUGUCGCAGAGUGAUCGCAUAUCUGUCGUGGAUCCAUUGGGUAAUUCUCUCCUACUAGACAGGACUGGUGUUCACUUUUCCACCAAUCAGUGUCAGUAUUCCUUUUCUCUGUUAGUCGACGAUUUGUACCGUCAGCUUGCAGCCCACGCGGGCAUUGCUUGCGCAGCGCGAGGCUUUGGGCUUCGAGACACGGCUUAUCAACACGUCACACAUGUCAUGUAUAUCACGGACCAGUGUGGGAAACCAGUCAGUAGGUCGAUUCGACAGUACCCAGAGCUUAGUGUUGCUGGAGUCCCUUGCAACAUCAUGAGUGUGGAUGACGGUAAUGGGAAGUGGACAUUUGAUUGCCUCUUUUCAAACUCGACUUCCGUCAUUGCUCAGUGUGAGCAAUCUGUAUCAGCAGAGAUGGAUCGCUUGUUUUCUGAUCCAUUCAACAAUGCUUGUCCUGACCUCUCUGAUGUGGUUACCACCCUUAGCCGCUAUGGUCAGGACAUUUUGGGAUCAGAGAUUAUGGUACAGGCUUUUCAAGGUCUGGUAACAAAUGGUACUGAAAUUCUCCGAGUCAACCAGACCAUCGGGUAUUACCAGCUGCUUUGGAUGACUCUGCAGGCCAUGUUCUCCAAGGAUGGCGAUACAACACAGAGCGCAUUGGAGCAGCAAUAUGACACAUACAACAACCACAGAGACUUUUCGCACGAUAUUUGCCACGAUCUUCAUCCAUCGAACGACACCUCGUUCAACGUUAGCUUCCGCGCUGGCGCAACAUACAACCCAGCACUGCUGACGCUGUCUACCAUCCCGGAGUCGCCGGCGCCCAUGAACAUUACAAUACAAAAUCCAUCAAAUGUCGCCUGUUGUGCUAAGGGAUUCACUGCUGGUCUGUCUAAUUCGACAAAUACGUGCUCAUAUCCAAAAGAGGCAUUUUUGGAGAUUAACAAUUUCUGUGGCGUUCAAGUAUAA